UCUCAGCGCUCUCACCACAGUCUCACCUUUGCACGAAAUACGCCAAAAUACGAUGGUGAGCUUUGGCCUUGGGCCUGAGAGCGACUAUGGAUCGCUUAGUGCAUUUUUGGGUGUGGCUGGAGCGUCCCACGAAAAGCACGCUUUGAAGACCAAUUUGAUCAAAGCUCCACUUCUGGAGGUGGCGAACCCAAAUGUCUCAAGCACACGGGUGACGAACCCGAAAGAUAGCACUUUAUUGAACAAGAAAGUGGCUUUUCGGAUGUUGAAGCAGCUAGGCUGUGAAGUGCAUCGGCUUGAAGGUGAAAAAGCAGGUGAAGACAUGACCCAGUACAGCCAGUGCUUUGUUGAGGUGAACUUGGCCAAGCAACCAGUGCUCUUCAAGAUGUUGGUCGAACUGGGACAUGGACCUCGCCGAAAUGAGGACGGUGACCUGGUGGUGCGUGUGAAGGAAGAUCGACAUCGGAAACCCGAAGAGGUGGUCGCUGCCUUGUCUCAACCUCGGAAGCCGAAGGAAGUGAAGGAAGUGAAGGAAGAAGGCUAUCCUUCCGUUGGCCGACCGAGGUUAAAAGUUGAAGAUGAAGAAGAAUUGGUGAAGCGGCUCUACAAGGUUCCUGUGAAGGCCGCAGUGCCGGAGAAGGAACUCUCCAAGCCACGGCGGACUGCUGCCGAACAGCGUGCCUACUUGGACCGGCUGCUGAAGCCACGGGAAUGGGAGGAAGUUCCCAGUCAUUUGGGCGAGCGUCUUGCUGAAGUGCAGAGGGAACUCGAACCACGGCGAACUGCUGCAGAGCAGCGUGCCUAUUUGGAGCAACUUUUGAAACCACGGGACUUGGAACCUCAGAAGGAACUCUCGAAGCCUCGCCGAACGGCAGCGGAGCAGCGUGCCUACCUGGACCAGCUUUUGAGGCCACGAGAGUGGCAAGAAAUCGCUGGGAUCCAGAAUGGAUGCGAUCCACUCAAGGAGCAAGUCAAACCACGUCGGACUGCUGCGGAGCAAAGGGCCUACUUGGAGCGGCUUGCAAAGCCGCGGGAGUUGGAAGAUGCCUCUGGCACCAAAUCUCCGGAGGAGUCGUCCAAAACGCCGAAACCUCGUUCACCACGCUCACAAAGGGAGGCAUGCAAUCGGCUGUCACAACCCAGAAAGCCUAAGAAGACUGAAGCCGAGAACAUCGAUGCCGAUGAAGAUGUGCUCGAAUACUUGGAACGUUUUGAACAUUUAGACGAUGAAGAGAUGGAAGAGAUCUUGGCGAAUGGGUCAGACACGCCAGCGGUUCAAAUCAUUCCUUCGAUGUUGGCACAAUGUUCGCCACGCUUAGAGCGCAUUGAGGAGGAAGCUGAAGGCCCUCGGCGCGCUCGAGAGACAAAAGGCAGAUCGAGAGACAAAGGCCAGAGCCAAGGCUCUGGGCCUUCAGGGUCUUCUGCCGGGCUCUCGGGGCCUUAUGCGGCACCGGUUUGCCCCAGAAGAUAUGUCGAGCGAGUGGAAAGCAAGCAUCGCCCACGAGGUGCUCCCAAAAACGAACGUAAUGAGCUCAGCCUAAGCCCUGAUGAGCUGAAUCAACUCUCCAGUUUCUUGGCAGCUGAGGGGAGAGAUGAUGCGGCUCAACGUGAGGCCAUGCUGAGUGACAUCGAUGCUUUGUACAGUCAACUCAUCAGAGCUGGUGCUGAGCCGGAUCCUUUGGAUUCCUUAGAGCUGGAGCCCUUGGAGCCCUUGGAGCCCUUGGAGCCCUUGCAGUUGGAACCGAUGCAGGAUCCCGUGCAAGAGCCGCUGGAGACAGAGAAGCCAGUGGAGAAGCCGCCAAGCUUGCCCGAAACUGAGCCGACGGUCCAAGUAAGCCAAAGGAACGAGUGCGAAGGCUUAGACUCGGGAGAUGGAGAAGAACUCCUCACAGCUAUUGGUCAGCUUUACUCGCAAAUGAUGCAAGACGGCGCCGCGAGGCCCGAAAUAGAUCCGGACACCACAAGCGAGUCGAAGGAGGUGAGCCACUCGAGCCCCAAACAGAACGAGUCCGACAAAACGCCGAGCUCGGAAUCUUCAAGCGAUGACAGCGAGUUGUCAAACUUGCUGGAAGAAGUCCUGUGGAGCGCUCUUCUUCUAUCACGAGGAGGUUUACAGAUGUCGGAACUCCAGAAGUUGCUGUCCUUCAAUUUGCUGAACCGCCUCCCAAUCCCAAGCGAUGGGCCAAGUGCUGUGCCGCCGAGUCUGCGGCAGCGUCUAUCGGCAGAGCUACCACAGCUGUAUGAGGCGCUCAGCACCAACAAGGUAUCCCAGGAGCAGCACGUCCUUCGCUAGUAGGUUGGAGGCCAUCAAUACUAGGGUUGAAGAUAUCACAGGAGUGGCGCCUGUUUCAUGACUUUCACGUCCUUACCACAAACAUGUCGGGAUAUUGUGCAAGACGAGCAGCCAGUUGACCAGUGACGAUUCGUUGAUCUUCAGGAGAUUUCGUGCCAAGAAGCCUUGCCACUGCUUCGGAAGGCACGGGAUGAUUUGCUGGGUUCAUCAAUGGUCCGACCUCCAGCAGCUUCUCAUGCCCAAGCCAAGACCAAGCGAGCGACGAAAGUACGCAGGACUGGCCUUAGCUAUUGGACAGAAGAAUCCCUCGAACAGUUGGGAGUGCCCAAGUCGAGAAACCUGAUGGCCUGAAGCUGCCUGAUGGCUGCCUGGUUUCACCUCAAAACUCGGGCAGAGCUCAGGAGACAUGGGACUACUGUAUCCUGACUGACAGGUUAAGUUUGGCAAACUAGUGAGGCUUGCUACUUAGCUCAUUGCAUUUCAUUGCCCU